GGAAGCGAAGACUGAAGUGUUCGUCAUCGACGUAAUAAAUAUGGAGGUAAAUUAUUGGUAAGCGUUGGAGGCCGUUGAACGUAUGAAAUUGUUAAUUUAAUUCGAGUGGUUGAUCAGUUCACCUAAAAUCAAACAGUUUAAUGUCGGCCGUUGGCUCACUCAAUUUCAGUUGCCAAGUCUCUGUUUUCAUUAAACCCUAGAUCCAGGUUCUGCAUUCAUACUCUGUUGAAGGCUUGAAUUUCGAACUCGGAUCUCUAAUGGCGGAUUUCUUAUCCGUCCUUCGUCGUUUAUACCUUGGAACCUACAAUUGGACUGUCUUUGUUGGAUGGGCUAGUGUCUUGUAUAAUGCUUUGAGGACUUUGAAUGGACCGGGCUACCAACAUGUUUACCCUGCUGUGGAAACGCCUCUUCUGUUAGCUCAAACGGCAGCGGUUUUGGAGAUUAUUCAUUCUAUGAUUGGUUUGGUAAGAUCCCCAGUUUCCGCAACAUUGCCGCAGAUCGGUUCGAGGUUGUAUUUGACUUGGGGUAUCUUAUGGAGUUUCCCUCAGGUCCGGACACAUUGGCUUGUUAGUUCCUUGGUCAUCAGCUGGUCAAUCACAGAGAUUAUUAGAUAUUCUUUCUUUGGCAUGAAAGAGGUAUUUGGUUUUGCACCUUCAUGGCUCCUGUGGCUGAGGUACAGCACAUUUUUGGGAUUGUAUCCAACAGGCAUUAGCAGUGAAGUUGGUCUAAUAUACCUUGCACUGCCAUUUAUCAAGGAAGUCCACACAUGUACCAGUAUAUGCUUAUGCAAAGGAAGAAAGCUCUCUCCAAGACUAAGAAAGAGUAGCAUGGAACACAGUGAUCUAUUAUUAUUUCAUCCUUGUUUUCAUUUUUGUUAUUGGGUAGAUUUUUUGUCUUCUUUUGGUUCAAGGGCAGAUGUUUUUGUUGAUAUCGAUCUUCCAUUUUAUCCUAAGGGUUCCAACUUGGAAAGCUAUAAAUUUGGAUGGAUUCAUGUUAAGUUUUCACUUCCCCAAAUAUUUACUCUUGUCAUUGUCAACGCUAUCAGGAUCAUAUAUAUAGGAGACUGAAACUCUGUUUCCCACCCCCCCUGGGAAAUGUUUUUAAGCAUAUUCUAGUCUGAAAUCACACUACAAACUGAAAAGAACCUUCAAAACGCUUAAUAGACUCA